AUGUACCUGCUUCUGUGUGUCUGCGCUAUCGCCUGUUUUUCGUUUAUGAAAAGCUGCAAUGCUGCUGUCGGUACACCGGAAGUAGUUUAUAGCUGGUCAAUUUUGGAGUUCGAUUGGAGAAGCGAGGACCAAAAGCAAGAUUAUAUUGAUGAUAACAGAUAUAUUCCUGAAAAUAAUCCGUUUACAGGAAUCAAGAUCUACAAGGGGAAAACGUAUAUCAACGUUCCAAGAUGGAGAUUAGGUGUACCAUCUACACUAAAUGUUGUUAUCGAGAAAAAUGGCAAACCUUUUCUCCAGCCUUACCCUAGUUGGGAAAUGCAGAGUGUUUCUGGCAAUUGUAACACGUUCAAAUUCAUACAGAGUAUGGAGAUUGAUCCAAACACGGGUUUUAUGUGGAUUAUAGACACGGGGCGUAUUAAUAUUUUCCCGGCUUCCACCGGGUCUCAGCUUCCUCAGAAUCUGUGCCCGCCAAAGCUUGUCAUUUACGAUCUCAACAAGAAUGUCACUGUUCUUAACUACGAAUUUCCGGCAAAUGUCGUAAAUCCAACUACUACCUUUCUGAACGACAUUGUUUUGGAUUACGUUGAUGGAGAGGCUAGAUUUGCUUACAUCACGGACACUUUCGAUUUUAAGAUCGUUGUGUAUGACCGAAAACAGAACACUUCAUACUUUAUUCAGGAUCUUCCGUCGAUGUCACCAGAAAGCCCAACUGCCGGUAAUAUUACUGUUGGUAAUAUUAGCCUAUCGGUGGGAGUUCUCGGAAUUAACGGAAUAGCCAUCUCGCCGGAUUUUAAUUACGUGUAUUUUGGACCAGUAGCAGGUGUUGGACUUCAUCAAAUUCCAACAUCGCUUUUGCGCAAACGUGAAAGCAGCACCGCCACGUCAUAUCCGGAAAUAAGGAAAGUAGGUGACAAGUUUACUCAAUCGGAUGGUAUGCUGGCUACACAAGCUGGAAGAAUCUAUUUCCCGGCUUUGUCAGUUAAUGCUUUAUGGAGAUGGGACAUGGAGAAAGAUCGAAUGGAUCAAGAUGUGGCCGAAGGUGACGUCAUCAUGCAAACGCAAGAAGAAGUUGUCAGAAAUGACGACACUAUGCAGUGGAUUGACACACUUGGAAUUGACGAAAAUGGAUGUAUCUGGUUUACGGCCCCGGCUGUACAACGUUGGAUGACCGGUAACAUGGAUUUGACGGGUGCAAGCGGCGACAACUUCUUUAUAUGGAAAGUGUGUGUUAACGAACUUGGGUACCUCCAAAACGCUGACGUCAAUACGAAAGCAGCGGCAAAUGGCGGUAAUUCUCCGGUUUCCCGGAUGUCUUUAUUUGAAGGUCUUUCGCAAGCUCCAAAACAAUGUGAACAGUGUCUUGUGAUACAAUUUCUAUAUCAGUUACCGGGAGCAGAUCAGUUACCGGGGGCAGAUCAGUUACCGGGAGCAGAUCAGUUACCGGGAGCAGAUCAGUUACCGAGAGAAGAUCAGUUACCGGGAGAAGGUCAGUUAACGGCAGCAGAUCAAUUACCGGGAGAAGAUCAGUCACCGGGAGAAGAUCAGUUACCGGGAGAAGAUCAGUUACCGGGAGAAGAUCAGUUACCGGGAGCAGAUCAGUUACCGGGAGAAGAUCAGUCACCGGGAGCAGAUCAGUUACCGGGAGCAGAUCAAUUACCGGGAGAAGAUCAAUUACCGGGAGAAGAUCAGUCACCGGGAGCAGAUCAAUCACCGGGAGAAGAUCAGUUACCGGGAGCAGAUCAGUUCAGGGAGGGGGGGAUAUCCGUCACCAAAUGA